UAAACAGUCGAUUUCCUUUUGUGCUUAAGGUUUUGUACACACUGACUAGAGUGUGAUUUGCCGUAAAAUGUUUUUAAAUCUAGGUGGCCAUAGAAUAUCCAUGCUCUGUGUAUUUGGUUACAUUCUGGUUGGCUCUUAUAUCUUGGAGUGCAAAGGCAAGAGUGUCGGUGAUUCAAGCAAUAGUGAAAAUGUUAUUAAAGACGACACUGUGGAGUACCUCAAAUCUUAUGGGGAGAAAAUGAGAUCUUACAUGAAUCUAAGCGUGGCACCUUGUGAUGACUUUUACGAAUACGCCUGCGGAAAUUGGAAAAACGUACGUCCGGAUCGGUUCCAGCCCAACCACAAAAGAAACAACCUCUUAGAUAUUAUCUACACCCUGAUCAAUGAAGGAGAGAAGCUCCUGACCAGCACGCAGUUGGCCCAGGCACUCAACGUUUCUUCGGAACUGUUGGUUGCGCAACAGUUCUACAACACGUGUCUCUCGGCGGUGGUGUUUCCGUUUCCAGCCGCUGAUCCCGCUUAUCUGAAGCUUAUCAGGUCCCUAGGUGGUUUCCCCGCCGUCGACGGAGCGGCUUGGAAUGCUUCUAGCUUUAGCUGGUUUAAUAUGAGCGCCCAUCUUACUAAUUUUGGGGUUAAUGGGUUAAUCAACGAAGAUAUUUUGCCCCAGUACCCUUUUGGUCCGUAUUUUAAAUUGCCGGAACUGGGGUUUGAUCAUAUCGUCCAGACGGAUAACAUAGCCAACAGUACCUCCCGAGCCUACAAGCUCAACGAGAAACGAAUGAAGAGUUAUCUGCAACCUUAUAAUCUCACGGAGGACAAGAUUUCGGAGGUGAUCGCUGGGGUUUUUGACUUCUGGCGUGACGCUCUUGCAGUUGCGGAUAGAUUUGAAGGUGAUAACGAGAAAUGUAUAGAAAUUUCUGCCAACGAGGAUCUGCCUAAGUUUCAUCAGUGGGAGAGUUACUACGAGAUUGCAUGGAACGGGAAAAACUUUUCUAACGUGGGAGGAACGGAUGGAUAUUGCGACUACUACUACGAACUGUUGGAAAAAGUGUGCUCAAAGCACCCAGAGGCAGUGGCAAACUAUCUAGCCAUGCUACUGUUAUAUCGAAUGGAUGCCAAACUGAAGGAGGAGAAGUAUCACAAGGAUUACUGCCUCUCGAUGGUGCAAUUCAGCUUUUCCCAUCUUCUUAACAAACUGUACAUGGCGGAGCAUUUUAUCGAACGGACUCGCUCAGAGGUAUCUGCCAUUGUAGGGGAAGUUCGCAAAAGCCAGAGGAAGGCGCUGGAGAAAGUCGAAUGGUUGGACCCGGAGACUCGGCGAGAGGCACAGCUAAAGGAGUCAACCAUUGAAUCUGUCAUUGGUAGCUACGAGAACGAAGAGGUUAACACGCGCCUGAUCCAAGAAAUCCGCGGCUUGGACUUGAAGAAUGCGAGCUAUUUCCAGAACUUGAUCCACCUACGAAAACUGGUUACCCGCCUGCGCCGUUUUAAUGGAUUCCACUACGAGGAACUGCAUAACGAAUCCAAGCCCCUAGAGCUGCUAUUGGGCAUGCAGGUGAAUGCCUUUUAUUACAACCUUGAUAACUCAAUUUAUGUUAUGGCUGGCAUAUUGCAUCCACCCGCUUAUCAUCCGGACUGGCCCAAUUCUCUAAAAUUUGGUACUUUAGGCUACCUGGUGGGUCACGAGCUAACUCACGGAUUUGAUACCAUAGGCUCCACGUUCAAUAGCGAAGGCGAAAUGCGCAACUGGUGGUCAAAGAAGUCUCGGGCGGUUUUUGAGGAGCGAGCAACGUGUUUUGUAGACCACUACGGUCGCUAUCUUAUACCUGAGAUUAAUCAGAAAAUCAAUGGCAAAGAGACCCAGGACGAAAACAUCGCGGAUAGCGGUGGGCUGCAGGGUGCACUUGAUGCAUAUCGCAACCACAUGAAACAGUUGAAGAAUAGAAGCGAUGAGGACAACGAGAUCCUAAAAAGCGAAAAAAUGCCCGGGCUGGAUCUUUCGCCAGAACAGCUUUUUUAUCUCGGAUUUGCCCAGCUCUGGUGUUCGGAUUAUGAGCAGGAACACUUUUGGGAGGAGUUAAAAAUGGAACACACCAUAGACAAGUAUCGUGUCUUGGGUGCAGUUUCCAAUAAUCAUGAUUUUUCAAAGGUCUAUAACUGUCCUGUCGGCAGCCUAAUGCAUCCCAAAGCGGAUGCUUGCCAUAUUUGGUAAUUGGUACUAAAUAAUACAUUUAAAGAAUGAAGCAGCCUAAACAUUUUUAAAUACCACCAUAGUAUUUAAAAACUGUUUAAUCUUGUUAAAUACCUGAUUAUAAAAAGAAGUCAUA